UGGCAUUCCAAAGGACGACGGUACGAUGUAAACGAGCCCCCAUAUCCAACUACCAUUUGUAUUGCAUGACCCCGCUCUUUCCCUCUUCUGCGUAGGCAGCGUAGCCAGCCAGAUAUGAUCGACGACGGAAAUGAAGGAGCUAGGUCCGGUCCCGUGUACGGAAGCAGAGCUGGGAGUGGCAGGGUUCAUAAAUCACAAUUGAGUGAGAUCAUAUCGGGUAAGAGAUAGUAAUAUUUGAGUGAUCGAAAACAGUUCUUCAUACUCUUCUUCCCUAUAAAAUGUACCAUUCGUUUCUAUAGGCAUAUCUGCGUUCAAACUCUCAAAAUGAAAUGCAUCACAUUUCUACUCUGUCUCGCAUUUCUACUAUGCACAUCCGCCCACAUCAUCACCUUCAACCAAACUCUCCGAGACGGCGAUGUAUUACUCUCUAGUGCAAACUCAUAUGCCCUCGGAUUCUUUACCCCCGGAAAGUCCACCGGAAAACGGUACCUCGGCAUUUGGUACCAACACAUACCAGAACUAGUGGCUGUCUGGGUCGCUAACCGAGACAGCCCGGUAAACGGAACAUCCGGGGUCUUCUUCAUCGACGCCACCGGGAAUCUCGUCAUCCAGGACAGGAACACCAGCGCCACCGUCUGGAACACCAGUCUUUCUUUUCCGGCGACGGGGUUACAGAGAGAUUCUAAUUACUCUGUUCAGCUCCAGGAAACAGGGAAUCUGGUUUUGUACCACGACCCGGAUAGACGGGUCACAGCAUGGGAGAGUUUCGACUACCCGACCAAUAUACUCUUGCCUCACAUGAAAUUUGGAAUCAACAAGAAAACCGGGUUGAAGCGGUUCCUGACCUCGUGGAAGUCACCGGAUGAUCCGGGCACAGGGGAGUACUCUCUCAGAGCAGACUUUACUGAUCCGCCUCAGGGAUUCAUGUACAAAAAUUCGGUCCGGGUUUGGAGGCUCGGGUUGUGGAUCGGAUCCGGGUGCAGCAACAUCCCUCGAAUGUCAAUAAAUUUCACCCCAUACACUGGCAUCAUCGACGAAGACGAGGACAGUCUGUCUUACACGGUUCCUGAUCCGACGGUGUACACAGUAUUGAUGUUGAAUGAAACCGGGACGAUGAAUCGGAUCAUAUGGAUAGGAGAUGGCCCGAAGAUGAAGCAAUGGGCCGGGCUGUGGUACAUUCCCAAAGACAAAUGCGACUCAUAUAACCCGUGUGGCGCAUUUGGCAUUUGCAAUCCAUACAUUCCGGGCGGGUCGGGCUGUCAGUGCCUUUCUGGGUUUGAGUCAAAUUCGUCAACCCAAGAGUGGGCCUUGAGAGACGACCGACAUAGCUGUCGGAGGGAAGCCAACACGGACACCUGCCCGAACGGUGACGGGUUUCUGAAGCUCACAAACGUUAACAUACCCUACGCUGAAAUGACGUUUUCGGACACGAAAAUGGGGUUUAAAGAUUGUGAAGAACAUUGUGUGAAGAACUGUUCGUGCACUGGAUAUGCUAGACAAGAUACUACUAUCCAUGGAGGAGAUGGAUGUCUCAAUUUUUAUGGGGAGUUGACGGAUAUGAGAGAGUUUGCUAAUGGCGGCAGAGAUGUGUAUAUACGAGUCUCCGCAUCUGCUUCAGCGAUGCCUUUAAAGAAAUCUAAGGGGCUCCAUCCGAAAUGGCUAAUACUAAGCACGGGUAUAUCUUCAGCUGUAGUGAUCCUUCUCCUGCUUUAUAUGACAUGGAAAAUGAGAAAAGGGUCUUCAAGUGCAAUAAAUCUGGAAGAAGCAACACCAGCAGAUGUAGUAGUCUUUGAUCUCGACACAAUUAAAUUGAUCACUGAAAACUUUUCUGCUGAAAGUAAACUUGGAGAAGGAGGGUUUGGUUCUGUACACAAGGGUAAGUUGCAAAAUGGAAAACUUGUAGCUGUCAAAAGGCUCAAAACAAAUUCAGAUCAAGGGAUAGAAGAAUUCAAAAAUGAAGUUAUGCUGAUUGCAAGAUUACAACAUAGAAAUCUUGUAAGGCUGUUAGGAUGCUGCAUUCAACAAGGGGAAAAGAUGUUGGUAUAUGAGUACUUGCCUAACAAUUCCCUCGACUACAUUAUCUUUGAUAAUAAGUUAGGGAUUCUUCUGGAUUGGAAAAAACGUUUUGAAAUCAUAUUAGGAAUCGCUCAAGGAUUGUUGUACCUUCAUCAAGAUUCAAGGCUAAAAAUUAUCCACCGAGAUUUAAAAGCAAGCAAUGUUCUAUUGGAUGAUCUUAUGGAACCAAAAAUAUCUGAUUUUGGAAUGGCUAGAAUUUUUGGAGAAGAACAAACAGAAGCGAACACAAACCAAGUAGUUGGAACAUACGGUUAUAUGUCACCGGAAUAUGCCAUGGAAGGUCUCUUUUCUGUUAAAUCGGAUGUAUUCAGUUUCGGAGUUCUGAUGCUCGAAAUUGUGUGCGGAAAGAAAAACAAAUAUCAACACACAGAGAACUCUGUUAAUUUGAUGGGAGAUGUAUGGGAUUUUUGGAACGAACAAAGACCAUUGGGCUUAGUGGAUCCAUCAUUGGGGGAGCAGUCCUAUGAUACGCGAGAAGUUUUGAGAUGCAUCCACGUCGGACUUUUGUGCGUUCAACCAAUACCAAAUGAUAGACCCAAUAUUUCAGAAGUGAUAUUUAUGUUGAGUAAUGAAACAAAACUCCCUAGUCCUAAUCCACCGGGUUUUAUGAUCAGAAAAGGAUAUAGCACUACUACAUCCUCAUACACUGAAAGUGGUGGUUAUCAAUCUCUCAGUAUGACAUUUACUCAAAUCGAAGGUCGAUGAGAUUUGUAUGACAUUUUAUGCAUGCAUAUUUGAAUUAUUAUAUAUGUGAUUUUGUAAUGUAGUAUUAUUUUAGCAUAUGUGAUGUCUUUAAAAGUGAUGUAUUGUAUUCCCUUUGACUCGUGAUUAAUUCGUGGGUUGAAUUUGUAUGAUUUUAAUAAUGUGGAAUUAGAAGUACUACAUUUGCUUUGAGCUUCUUCUUAAAUAACGUUAUAUAUAACAUUUUAUAUC